AUGAAUAGAUUGAUAACGAGUCUAGCUGGCACAACAGCCAGUGUUACGCGACUGUCUAUAGUAACAAGUCGAGGAUUACGACUGUAUUCUACUAGUCAUCAAUAUGUAAUCAAUCAAGAAGCAUUCAAAUCAUCAUACAACUCUGUAGCGGUUGAAGAGAAUAAAUAUCAAUGGUGGAAAGACAAUGGUUACUUUAAACCAUCAUCAACCAAGACUGAAGAUACAAACAACAAGAAUAAGAAACGAUUCUCAAUGGUAUUACCACCACCAAAUGUAACUGGUAGUUUACAUAUUGGUCAUGCUUUGACAACAACAAUCGAAGAUGCAUUGGUGAGAUACAAGAGAAUGAUGGGAUACGAUACACUUUGGGUUCCUGGAUUGGAUCACAGUGGUAUUGCUACACAGGUGGCUGUCGAGAAGGAGAUCAUGGUGAAACAAGGUCUGUCGCGACACGACCUAGGUAGAGAAAAGUUCUUGGAGCAAGUAUUCAAAUGGACUGACAAGUACUCGGCCAAUAUCAACACACAAUUAGAAAAGACUGGUUCUUCGUUGGAUUGGAGUAGAUCGGUGUUUACAUUGGACGACAAACGUGCACUUGCUGUCCAAACAGCAUUCCUUACAUUGUACAGACGUGGGUUGAUCUAUCGAUCGACAAGACUCGUCAAUUGGUGUGCACAACUGCAAAGUGUUAUCUCUGAUAUCGAGGUGGACCACAUCACCUUUGAAAAGCCAACCAUGUACAAACUCAAAACUCAACCAAGAACACAUGAAUUUGGUGUUAUUCACGAUGUCAAGUAUAGAAUAGAUGAUGAUAGUAAAGAAGAGUAUUUGGUGGUCAGUACAACACGUGUUGAAACUAUUUUCGGUGAUACUGCCAUUGCAGUACAUCCAAAGGACGAGAGAUACAAACAUUUGAUUGGAAAGAUGUGUAGACACCCAUUCUCGGAUAGAUUGAUCCCAGUCGUUGGUGAUGACAUUUUGGUAGACAUGACUCUUGGAACUGGUGCUGUCAAGGUUACACCAGCUCACGAUUUCAACGAUUAUCAGUGUGGACAACGUCACAAAUUAGAAUUUAUCAAUAUCAUGUGUGAAGACGGUAAAUUAAACGAGCACUGUGGAGAGUUUAGUGGAAAGGAUAGACUCAUGUCACGUCACGACGUGAUCAAAGCACUAAAGGAAAAGGGACUUUAUGAAGGAAAGAGACCACAUCCAACCGCACUGGCAGUGUGUAGUCGUUCAGGUGAUCUUUUAGAACCAAUUCUCAAACCACAAUGGUACGUCGAUUGCAAGGAAAUGGGAGCAAGAGCUGCUCAAUUUGCUCGGGACGACAAGUUAAAAUUUGUUCCUGAAUCGUACCAAGCCGAUUGGUUGCGUUGGUUGGACAAUAUACAAGACUGGUGCAUUUCUAGACAAUUGUGGUGGGGUAAUCCAAUCCCAGCAUACCGUGUCAUUGCCGAUGGAAUCACUGCCAAAGAUGAAAAAUGGGUGGUCGGUGAAGACCUCGAGACAGCCACAGAGUCGGCAAUCAAAACCUUUGGAUUAAAGAGAGGUGCAUUUGAACUGAUCAAGGAUGACGAUGUCCUAGACACAUGGUUUUCAAGUAGUCUCUUCCCCAUGUCGGCUCUUGGAUGGCCAGACAACAAGUCAUUGGAUCUCUCUAAAUUCUACCCACUCGAUGUGAUGGAGACUGGAUCAGACAUUAUGUUCUUUUGGGUUGCUAGAAUGGUCAUGAUGUGCAGUACUUUAUUCGACGCCAACAACCAACAACAACCUCCAUUUGAAACGGUCCUCCUUCAUCCACUCAUCCGUGACUCUCAAGGAAGAAAGAUGAGCAAGUCACUCGGUAAUGUAAUCGAUCCCCUCCACGUUAUCAACGGUAUUGAACUACCCCAACUCGUUCAGAACCUUCGCGAAUCAAAUCUCAGCGAACAAGAAAAGAAUACGGCAACCAAGGGAUUGGAAAAGGAGUUCCCCAAAGGUAUCCCUCAAUGCGGAACUGAUGCCCUUAGAAUCGCACUCUCCCAAUUCCCAAUCUCUGGCAAGGACAUUAAUUUGGAUCUCAGUAGAAUCAUUGGUCAACGUUUAUUCUGUAACAAGAUUUGGAAUGCUGCCAAACUUGUACUCAUGACCAUCGACAAGACAAACUCUGUCGUUGUGGACAACCUCGAACACCCAAUAUAUUAUCAAGGUGAUGAGAGUGUCCCAUGGUCAAACGACUCCAUUUCGGUGAUUGAUAGAUGGAUUCUUAAUCGUUUGGGUAACCUCACCACAGUUGUAGAGGAUGCAUUUAGUACACUCAAUCUUUCAGUAGCUUCACAAGCACUUUACACUUUUUUCCAAUACGAUUACUGUGAUUUCUAUUUAGAGAUGACCAAAGCAUCGCUAUCACUACCUACCAUCAAGCAAAGUAACCAACACUCGGUCGUUGUGAUGAGAAGUGUUUUGGAAACAUUCCUCCGUCUUGCACAUCCAUUCAUGCCAUACAUUACCGAAGAUCUUUGGCAAAGACUCCCCAAACAUGCCUCUGCACCAGCCUCUAUCAUGAUUGCAGAGUAUCCCUCGCCAUCCACCUACUCGCUACACAAUAGUUGCAUUCUCAACCAAGGUGCCGAACCAUUGGUAGAAUCGAUUCAAUCUUCACUUCACUUUGUUAGAUCAACUAGAAAAUCCUCAAACAUUCAUCCACAAACCAAAAUUAAUCUAACAAUUAAUACCAAUCAUUCGAUCACUCUUGAAGCUUUGAAAAAUCAAAUUGAAGAAAUUGAAAAAAUGGUUAAUUGUAAUUUAUCAUUUAAUCAAACAAUAAUUAAUAAUAAUAAUAAUAAUUUUGAAACUAUUCAACAUAAAGUUGAUGAAAAUUGUUUAAUGAUAUUACAAUAUGACAAGGUAGCAAAUAAUGGAUUAUUAAAUAAGAAUAAUCCAGCAGCAGCAGCAUCUAGUGAAAAUCAAGAAUUAAAUGCAAGAAAGAAAAAAUUGGAAGAAUGGAUUAAAGAUAUCGAAACUACCAUUUCAAACCCAUCAUUUAAGCAAAGAGUUCCACAAGCUGUACAACAAACAAAGAUUGAAAAGUUGAAUCAAUUACGUGAAGAAUUAAAAUUAUUGGAACAACAAUCAUCCUAA